AUGGCCGUCGAGGCCGACGGCACCCAGGAACAUAAAAAAAGUGUUCAUCAUGUUUAUUACCUCCGCUGUGUCCGCGCAGAGCAAAAUGUCGUUUCUUCUGCUAAGCUGACCAGCUCCCAUUCAAGCCACAUUCCUUUUCAUGUGGGCCAUUUUUUCACUCCUCUCUCUCUCUCUCUCUCUUUCUCUCUCUCUUUCUCUCUCUCUCUCUCUCUCUCUCUCUUUGUCUUUCUCUUUCCUAUAUAUCUCUCUCUUCUUCUGACUCUUUCGCUGUCUCUUUAUUUUUCUUUAUCCCCUUCUCCCACGUUCUAUAUCUUCUAUUCUUCUUCCCGUUUCUUCUUUUCUUUCUCUUUCUUUCUUUUGUUUCUCAAUCUGUUUGUCUCCUUCUUCGCCUUUACAUUUUAUUUCUUCUCUCUUUCUCUGGCUUCUAAUUGUUUUCCUCUUUCUCAAAUUUCCUUCCAUUUCUUUCCUUCUUUAUCGUUCCCUGGAACGGUUUACCUUUCUUUCUUUCUUUAUUUCUUUCUUUCUUUCUUUCUUUCUUUCUUUCUUACUUUAUCUUUUCUUCCCCACAUCCUCUUCUUGUCUACCAUAACACCCUCCCUAUCACUCUCUCUCUCUCUCUCUCUCACACACUUUCUCCCCUUUUAUAUGUUUUUCGUUAUUCAUUCUUCCUCUUACUCUCAUCACUUUCUGUAUUGUUCUUUCUUUAUCUCUAUUUUCACUUCCCCCUCUCUCUCUUCUUUAAUACCUCUCCCUCUAGUCUCUCUCUAUUUUUUCACUUCCUCUCUUUCAUUGUCUAUGUCAGUCUUUAUCUUUUCUCACUCUUUCUCGCUUCGUUUUUCCUUUUGCCCUCUUUAUUCAGAUUCACUCUUUUACUUUCUUUCCAUCUUUUUCCUCUUUCUCUUUUACCUCCUCUCCUCACUUACUAUGUCAUUCUUUAUUUCUCACUCCUCUUCUCCCUUCUCUCUCUCUCUCCCCUUUAAUAUUACUUUUUCUGAUCAUUAUCUGUUGUUAAUUCGUCAUCUCUCUCUCUCUCUCUCUCUCUCUCUCUCUCACUUUCUUCCUUUCCCUCCAUUUCAUCUCAGGCUUAUAAAUGUAGAACAUUUUGACAUGUACUUAAAAUCAAGGAAUCUUGUAUUCAUGGAAACAGAAGCAACGAUAUAUGAAGACCUAUCAAUUUAUUGCACUGCUUGA